UUUGGUUACUGGCGCCAACGGUUUACGGGUCGUUCCAGACAGCGCGUUUCGGGCUCUUAGCGAUUGGGCCAACAUCGUCGGCAAUUGGCAGCGGCAAACAUAAACAAACGAAGUGGCAUGCCUCCUAUCCGCAGUUGACUCUCGUUGGUAUUUAAUGCUAAUUUGUGCCGCUGAUAAUGGGGCAAGUGGGGCAAGCAAACUGUGGCCAAGUGCUCACUGGCCAAACGGAAGCGGAAGCCGCGACUUAAGCCGCACAAUAAAAUGUAAACUCACGGAAAUGUCACGAGAGAAUGUUGUGUGCCAGUGAACAGAGGAGAAAGGAAACCGAAUAAAGAAUCAAACAAAUCCCAGCCCCAGAGGGAGUCCUGCGGCAGGUCCUCUGUAUGUGUGCUCCUGCGUGUGCGGUUCGGGGCAAAUAAAUGCAACGGCAAACGCUUCUUUAGCCAAGUUCAUCUCGAGGCGAAAUACUCUAAAAAAGAAAGGAAAGAAGAGAAAUAUAAAUAGAAAUAGAAAUUGUACUUGUAAAAUGGAUUUACGUUUCGUAUUCAUCGUUUUUCUGCUCAAGUGGACCCAUGCCCAAGGUUCACAUCCGCCACGAAUAGUGGAGCAUCCCAUAGAUACGACAGUGCCACGACACGAGCCAGCGACGCUUAAUUGCAAAGCCGAGGGCAGCCCCACGCCCACCAUUCAGUGGUAUAAGGACGGAGUCCCACUGAAGAUACUGCCGGGCUCUCAUCGCAUCACCCUGCCAGCUGGUGGAUUGUUUUUCCUCAAGGUUGUCAAUUCGCGUCGCGAAACAGAUGCCGGCGUCUAUUGGUGUGAGGCAAAGAAUGAAUUGGGCGUGGCACGAAGCCGGAAUGCCACAUUGCAAGUGGCGGUGCUUCGCGAUGAGUUCCGCCUGGAGCCACAGAAUACACGCAUCGCCCAGGGCGAUACGGCACUGCUGGAGUGUGCGGCACCGCGGGGCAUUCCCGAGCCUGCCGUCACCUGGAAGAAGGGCGGACAGAAAUUGGAUUUGGAGGGCUCGAAGCGUGUACGCAUCGUUGACGGCGGCAAUUUGGCCAUUCAGGAUGCCCGACAGACUGACGAGGGUCAAUACCAGUGCAUAGCCAAGAAUCCCGUUGGGGUGCGCGAGUCGUCGCUGGCAACGCUCAAAGUACAUGUCAAGCCCUACAUCAUACGUGGACCUCACGAUCAAACCGUUCUGGAAGGUGCCUCCGUGACGUUUCCCUGCCGUGUGGGCGGUGACCCCAUGCCGGAUGUGCUGUGGCUGCGCACCGCCUCGGGUGGCAAUAUGCCAUUGGAUCGCGUGAGUGUCCUCGAAGACCGCAGCUUGAAGCUGGAGCGUGUGACCAUUGCGGAUGAGGGCGAGUACAGUUGCGAGGCGGAUAAUGUGGUGGGCGCCAUCACUGCCAUGGGCACACUGACAGUUUACGCACCCCCGAAAUUUAUACAACGACCGGCCAGCAAAUCGGUGGAACUGGAGGCGGACACCUCCUUCGAGUGCCGAGCGACGGGCAAUCCAAAGCCAACGAUUUUCUGGACCAUCAAGAACAACAGCACGCUGAUAUUUCCGGGUGCACCGCCGCUGGAUCGUUUUCACAGCCUGAACACCGAGGAGGGACACUCCAUACUGACGCUGACGAGAUUCCAGCGUUCCGACAAGGAUCUGGUCAUACUGUGCAACGCCAUGAACGAAGUGUCCAGCAUAACGUCGCGGGUGCUGCUGAGUCUCGACUCGCAGGAGGAUCGUCCGCCGCCGAUCAUCAUCGCGGGGCCCGUGAAUCAAACGCUGCCCACCAAGUCCCUGGCGACGCUGCAGUGCAAGGCAAUUGGUCUGCCGAAUCCAACGAUAUCCUGGUAUCGCGAUGGCAUACCCGUGCAGCCGAGCAGCAAGCUGAACAUCACCACAGCGGGGGAUCUGAUCAUCUCCGACUUGGAUCGCCAGCAGGAUCAGGGUCUGUACACGUGUGUGGCCAGCUCCCGGGCGGGCAAGUCCACGUGGAGCGGCUUCCUGCGCAUCGAACUGCCCACCAAUCCGAACAUCAAGUUCUAUCGAGCGCCCGAGCAGAACAAAUGCCCGACGGCACCCGGACAGCCGAAGGUGCUCAAUGCGACGGCCUCGGCCCUGACGAUUGUGUGGCCCACGAGCGACAAGGCGGGAGCCUCCUCGUUUCUCGGCUACAGCGUGGAAAUGUACUGCACGAACCAAAGCAAAACUUGGAUCCCGAUUGCCGCACGACUGGCGGAGCCCAUCUUCACGGUGGAGAGCCUCACGCAGGGCGCCGCCUACAUGUUCAUUGUGCGGGCAGAGAACUCGCUGGGAUUCUCCCCCCCAUCGCCCAUCUCGGAGCCCAUCACAGGCGGCAAGCUGAUCGGCGUGCGGGAUGGCAGUGACAUUGGUUCCUCCACGUCCCAGCUGCUGCUCAGCGACGUGGAGACGCUGCUGCAGGCCAACGACAUUGUGGAGCUGCUCGAUGUGAAUGCGAGUGACUCCACGACGGCACAACUCUCCUGGGACAUAGACAGUGGCCAGUACAUCGAAGGCUUCUACUUGUACGCCAGGGAGCUGCACUCCACGGAGUACAAGAUGAUGACGCUGCUGAACAAGGGGCAGGGACUGAGCUCCUGCACGGUGCCGGGUCUGGCCAAAGCCUCUACGUAUGAGUUUUUUCUUGUGCCAUUUUACAAGAGCAUCGUAGGAAAGCCAUCGAACUCGCGGCAUGUGCGCACGCUGGAAGAUGUGCCCGAAGCGCCGCCAUAUGGCAUGGAAGCCAUUCAAUUCAAUCGCACUUCGGUCUUUUUGAAGUGGUUGCCACCGCAACCAAAUCGAACACGCAAUGGCAUCCUCACCAGCUACAAUGUGGUCGUCAAAGGACUGGAUGUGCACAAUACGACGCGGAUAUUCAAAAAUAUGACCAUAGAUGCGGCAACGCCCACACUGCUGCUGGCUAACCUCACCACGGGAGUCACCUACUACAUUGCCGUGGCGGCUGCUACGCGGGUGGGCGUUGGACCCUUCAGCCAUCCGGCAGUGCUCCGCAUCGAUGCACGCACCCAGUCGCUGGACACGGGCUAUACGAGAUACCCCAUCAGUCGUGAUAUUGCCGAUGACUUUUUAACACAGACCUGGUUUAUCGUCCUGCUGGGCUCCAUCAUUGCCAUAAUUGUGUUUCUAUUGGGCGCAUUGGUACUAUUCAAGCGCUAUCAAUUUAUCAAGCAGACCUCGCUGGGCAGCUUGCAUGGCAAUCACGCAAUCGGAACCGUGCGAAAGUUUCCAACAUUGCCGCUAAAUGGAGGCGGACCUGUCGGUGCCGUCGGCUCAAAUUCGACAUCAACCACCAACGGCCCCAAUGGCCUCUGGAUCGAUCCCAGUGGCGGUGUUUGGCGACAGGCAGCAGGGGGAGGCGCUGCUGCUGGCGCUGCCGCUGGAGGUGGUACGACAAAGGAGCAACUUCCGGGAUACGCACAGGCCACCGCCCAACAGGGACAACAGCAACAGCCAACGCUGCUGCCUGAUUACGAGAGACUCUCGCCAUUGAAUAUGCCGGAUUAUGCGGAAGUGGCAUGUUCAACAUUCAAAAGUCCCACCCAUGGUGGCAUGGGUUCGACGGCAUCCUCAUCGCUGUAUGAUAGCUGUGGGGCCUAUGCCACCACCAAUGUGGUGGCCAAUGUCAAGCUCUAUCAGAAUCGCUAUGCAGCCAAGCCACAGGGCCAGGCCCAGGCCCAGGCCCAGUCCCAGUCCCAGUCCCAGUCGAACAACAACAACAAUCAGAGCAAUAAUGACUAUCAAUCGACGGGAAUGUACUCGGCACCGCCCAGCGCCCACUAUGGCUGCCUCGAUGGGAAGCAGCAACCAAAUCUGAUGACAACUUCGACAGCCUCCACGGCCAUAAUGGGCGGCUCCCCGGCCAAACUGAAAAAGAUCAACAUUACGGAGAACAAGAUGGAACAAAUGGAAUGCGAGACGGAGCGCACGAAUCCUUUCAAUCAGCAGCAGCAACUCCUGUUGGCCAGCAACGCCCUGAAGCAGGGCCUGGGCGCCUAUGCCAAUACCACGCUGGCAGCCCAAAUGGCCAGCGGCGGCGGGGCUGGCACACUGCGGCGCCAACGACAGCCCAAGACGCUGUACAAGAGCGAAAAUAAUAUACUGGGCAAGGCCUCGGGGCUGCGGCAUCCCAUUGUGGCAUCCAAUGGUAAUAUGGAUUUCCUCACUGGAGGCCCGCCGUUGAAUGCUGAGAACCUCGAGGCGGGUGACUUUUCCGGUUUGGGUUUGUGCAACUCCACCAAUCAGCUGCUCAACGAUUGGGCCUCGAGUGCCUCGAUCGCCGCUGCUGGGGACUAUCAUUUUGGCAGCAAACAGCCCAGCAAGCAGCAUUUGUAUGUCAAAGCCAAGGAUGGCACUUGGUCGGCUGUUAGCUCGGACGCCUAUCAGUCCUUCAAGCAGUCCCAACAUCAGCAGCAGCAGCAGCAGCAGCAGCCGCCACAUCACCAAUUCCUCGCUGGUUCAGGUGACAACAACAAAUCCUUAGCUAGUGUCAACAGCUUAGCUGCUAGCGAUACCAAAUUCAUGAGUAGUUUUGGCUCCACUGCCAAUGUCUAGGCGUUAGGACACACUCGAUGGAUACUCGAGAAUUGCUCAAUGAGAGAAAGAAAUACUAAAAGAAAAUAGUUGUGAAAUUUGUUUGGGUUGUGGAAGGGUUUUCUAAGGGCUGAAGGAGAGGCUGGAAUUGUACUAGGAGCGUUGUGGGGUUCACAGGAUUGGAGGCAAUCAAGGCAACGCUUAGAAUAUAUCAAGAACAAAUGACAGGAACAGAAAGUGAAACCGCUAACGUUAGUCUACAUCAGUCUUUAAAGAGUUAUAGUUCAAGUUGAAGUUCCAUUUCCAUCGAUAACGCAGGAAAAUUGUUCCACAAAAUCUACUUAACAUUGAGCACAUCUUAAGGCUAUGGACACAAGCAUAAACUUCGAUAUUUAGCUAGAUUUUUAGCUAGAUAUUUAGCUAUAGAAACAACGCAAAAGCUACCGAUGAUUUUCAGUAGAUUCUGUGAUGUAAACCAAACCCAUAGCUGCCCACAGACACCUUAUAGCUGCCCCAAUCGAACAUAUCUAGAGAACAGUCCAGACCAAGUCCUUACAACCAGUAAUAUCCAAGCCCUGAAACCACACUAGAAUUCCACCAAAGAAAACCCAAAUGAAGUAAAUAAAAAACCCAGAAAAAAAACAACGAAAAGUAUGUAAAGAAAUACAGCAUGAAACACCCAAGAAAUAUUGGCUUGUAAAUAAUACCAACUAAAUACUUAAUAUCUUAAUAAUACCCCUUCGAGCAUAUGGAAUAUUGCAAACAGAAAUAUUAUUAAUUUACACAAGAAAUCAACUCAAAAUAGCACCGAAAAUGUAGUUAAAGUAAGUGAAAGUUCAUAAAUCAAAUAGAUUAUAGAGAGAGUUCCCACAGAAAAAACAAAAACAAAACAAAACAUGAAAAGUUAAAGCCAAACGAAAAAAAAUACCAAAACCCUAACGAAAAACUUACUGAAAAAGAAAAACACUGCACGAAAAGAGAAACCAUAAAUUGUGUGAAGAGUAAGGAUUAAAAAGGACACCUACAACCUACACGCAGAAUGAAAGCUAAAUAAAUGCUAAUAAUAAGGCUGUUAAAUGUAAAAUAUCAUAAAUGAAUAAAGUCCCACAUUUAAACCGUGUAAUUAAAGCAUUAAAAUGUGUAAUUAACUAAAAACUAGACUUAGUUCGAAUAGCUAAAAAGG